AUGAGUAACCAUUCACAACAAGAUAAAUGGAAACCGCUCACGGUUCAGCAGGAACAUUAUCUACAGCCACCACAAAAGUCACAAUAUUUACUCCCUCCACCACCACAUCGUGGACAAUCGCAGGAUAAGCAGAUGUUACGUCAACACCAAAAACGUUAUAUUGAUCCUCCACAUAUCAAUACAAACUACAGGGAGCUUGGCAGUCCAAACUCUUAUUCCAGCAAUCAUGAUAGUCACGAUGGCAAUCCUUUGUCUGCUUCUACAGGUUCAUAUCAGCCUUCAGAACCUGCAUCUCGGGAAAACAGAAGGCAUGCCAAGCGACAGCGAGUUACACAGGCGUGUGACAAUUGCAAUCGCAAAAAAAUCAAAUGCGAUGGCGUGUUUCCAAUGUGCACACACUGCAGUAGUAUAGGCAAAGAAUGCACAUACGUUCGAGUGACCAAAAAACGAGGCCCAAAGGCUGGCUUUAUAGAAGAGUUGGAGGCCCGUGUUCGAGAGUUGGAGUCUAGGCUAGAUGGUGAAACAUAUAGCAAUAUUAUUGUGGUACCAGCAGAUAGUUCUAGCGAAUACACAGACAGACUCGAUGAUAUCGAUAUGAGUGACUCUAGCUCUAUCCGCGCAUCACAUCACUCUGAGAGUGGAAAUACCCAAUUCUUUAAAUGCAAUAGCUCUUCUCCCAAUCACGCAAGCGCAAAUGCUUAUUUAAAACCUCACGGCCAUGAUUUUAUUCGUCCCAGCCGUUCUCCAACUAGCAAACGAUCGCCAUCUCCACUUCGUCAAAACAUGUCCAUAUACAGCACCGGCCCACCCAGCAUCAUCUCAACUAAUCGCAGUGUUUCUCCGCUCCCAUCUUAUUAUAAACAGCUAAACGCUUCUCCAAUUUCUGCCACACUUGCUCCUCCAUCUUUUGCCUAUGGAAGCGAUGGUUCACACUCUCCAUUGGUCGGCAAUGCUUGUGAAAUCCGUCAUAAACUUAUUCAGCUCUACUUUAGAUACGUCCACUCAUUUAUUCCCGUUCUUCACAAAAGAAAAUUUAUAGACACAAUAGGCUACGAGAUACCACUGCUUAUGAAUUCCGUUUAUUCUAUAGCAGCUUGCUAUGCACAUCCAGACUCUUCUUUUUCAUGGAAACCGUUUUAUACUACUGCAAAACAAAGCAUAGAAAAAUCACUUGCUACUCCGUCAAUUUCUGUCAUUGUAGGAUUUUUAAUAUUGUCCUAUCACGCAGUUUUUGUCGAAAAGCAGAAUGAGGCAUGGGUGUAUAUGGGCAUUGCUAUUCAAAUGGCUCAAAGACUCGGACUGAGUUCUGAAUCCAACAGUGAUUCUAGUGCAGAUUCUGUGUAUGUAAAUGAAUAUCGACGUCGAAUCUGGUGGACACUAUAUGAGACGGAUCUCCUUAUGGGUAUUUUUUAUAAGCUUUCGCCCUCCAUCUGCAGGUCAAAGUUUAAUGUGCAACUUCCUAGUGGCGUGUGGCCACAAGCCAAUUCCAAGAACGGUAAUCAGAGUUGUUUAAAUUCAUCACUUGAAAAGCACAAGAGACCUGCAGAUCAUGCGAAACCUUUGCAUGAUAUGGGUUCUAUUAGAAACAUGAAUAUUGAUGCCUUCAACUCGGGAAUUGUCUAUAAAGGAUCUAUUCAAACACUGUAUAUUGAUCUACUUGAAAUCACGAUCCAGCUUGCUUUACUAGACCAAAGUGAAAUGACAAUGCGGAUUUCUGGAAGCUAUCGACAUGGUCAGCCCUCUACUCUUAAAAAAGAUCUGGAUAUUCGGUUAAGUAAAUGGAUGCAAAAUGCACCUGUUUGCAUGAAAUCGGUUUGCAGCAAAUAUAUUUUGAGUUUUGAUGACAAACUCGACUCUCCCCCGUCUUGGAAGAUGGCUUUCAUUCAGAUCCUAUACCAUUACUCUGUCAUUAUGCCUUGUGAAUCGGCAAUAGCCGAGGAAAUUGAGUCUUCAAAGCAAUACUCGUCUUUGCCACCUUUUUCUAUGGAAGGAUUAUAUCCGCAAACUACUACUCACAGUGAUCACAAAGACUUUGUUGUACUUCGCCGAUGUACUCAAUCUGCAUUUAUCAUCACAGCCAUUGUAGAGUGUGCAUUGAUUCAAAACCCAGAAUUUGAGCAGUUUUCGCCGUUUGUUUAUAACUGUAUGAAGUGUGCUGGAAUGACUUUGCUGCAAUCACUUCGACUCUGUUGCGAUCGAGCUCAUGUUGGUAACGUGAUGCGGUCUGUUGAGGCAGUUUUUUCUGGUCUGCGCAACUUGGCUCGUUUCAACAAAUCUGUUCAUGUAGCGAUUGCUGAAUUGUCGGAUCGGAUGCGUGUUAUUUCACCUUACUGCAAUGAUAUGCUUGAAUAG